AACUGCCUGGAUCAGCCGAGGGAGGACCAGCGCGAACUCGUUGCAGCGAGUGAGCGCACUUGGCUUCCAUUGAAAGCUGCACUUGACUUUAGACAGCAGAUACACACUGCAGCAGCAAACAUGUCUCGCUUCGCCGCUCGUCUCUUCUUAGUUGUUUCUCAGCACGCUACAGCCAGAUCCGCGGUGUUACCGAGGAGGAUCCCAGCAUUCAUCCGUCCUGUAUCCACCAGUCAAGGCCUGCAAUCUCUCACCCGUUAUAAUCAGACUACAAACUGGCAAAAGAAACUCUCCCCAGAGCAGUAUGUAGUCACCAGAGAGAAGGGGACUGAGGAGCCCUUUAGUGGGAUCUACCUGAACCACUACGAAAUGGGAAUGUACCACUGUGUCUGUUGUGACACUCCGCUUUUCAGUUCAGAGGCUAAGUAUGACUCAGGGACAGGCUGGCCAGCUUUCAAAGAGGCUCAUGGGACAUGGGAGCGGGACGAAAGCCACACCUCCAUCAUUCGUCGCCCUGACAACAGCCUUGGGAGUGCUGGGACAGAGGUCCUUUGUAAAAAUUGUGAUUCCCACCUGGGUCAUGUGUUUGAUGAUGGACCAGACCCAACAGGUCAGCGGUUCUGUAUCAACAGCGUUGCCCUCACGUUUAAACCCAGAGAAGACAACAAUUCUGAAAAGUCUGAAGAAAACUAAUGACCUAUCUGGGCUUGCUUAGACCACUAAAAGCACAGUCAUGUUUCAUUUCAUGCCAGUCCGUUUAGGAGGCAAAUUGAAGGUCCACUUGAAUGUCAGGAGCAUUGAUAUAAUUUCUUUGAUCUAUACAAGUUUGAAAUAGAGAGGCUUUGUUUGGCAGAAAGUAUUUUAAUGUUUGGUAGAAAUGGACAUCCUGGGGUUUAUUAGACUGCAAGUAAGUCAAGCCUCUUGUUGAGAAACUAUAUGCUCACUAGAGAGAAGUCUACAAAUCUGCCAAAUAUACAGAACAUAAUUUACAUAAACCCAAACUGUAGAGCCAAUAUACCAUCAGCUCCUUCAGUCAACACAACAGAUUUUUUUAUAAUAAUUUUCUCAUUUUUAUUGAGUAGGAAUAAUGAAUGUCAACUGAAUAAUAACAUCAAACCCAUUGAAGUGACAGAAAUGAAUGGUCUUUUAACAGUGCUAUGAUGUUUGGUUUGUCUUCACAUGUGUAUUUGACUAGAUUCUUACACUGGCCUCAAUUGAUAAGAUGUUUUUGUAGAACCACAAACUGCAAAACACAGGAAGCUCUGUUAUGGCACUCCUGCUUCUUGUGUUUUUUUUAGUGCCAAAUGCAUAUAUUCAAAUGUCUCUGUUUGUAAUCCUGCAAAUUUGUCUGAUAAUUUGUCAAUAAAUGCAUAUUUUGUUUGUUCUCUA